CUCAGCGACCAGCUGGCGGAAGGUGGGGCGACGGUCGGGGUUUCUCUCCCAACACCACCGCAUCAACACGUACCUGUCAGGAUGUUACGAGCUGCAAGGUCCCGAUGAACAAUCUGUGGUCAACACAGAAAACAGUCUGAGUGUUGUUUCAGUUUCAAUUGUAACAAAUGCUCCAAGAUACAUGUAAAUCAUGAAAGAUGAGAAGAACAAGAAGGUUGUGGAUACAGAUGAGGCAUUAGAUACUGGCAGCCAUCCCAAGAUCACAGAUAACUUCUCCAAGACAGUCUCCAUCUUCAAGGAGUUCCUGAAGGUGUCUUCUCUACUCGUGCCCAGCCCGUACAUUACAGCAGCUCGUAUCAUCAUCGAGAGAACGUUAGACAUUGCUGAACACCCAGACAGGUACCCAAGUUUUGUCCAGCAGUCCCGGGAAGCUCUCAUCAACAGGAGUCAGAAUGUCGUUAGCCUCGUUAACUUUGUCACCUACAGACAGAAGAGAAAGCAUUCCCAGUGGCUGUCUGGGUACACACAGCACAUGGACUGGGAGGGUGUGAUAGAACUGGUCCAGAAACUGCUUCUCAAGGUCAAGACCAUUAUUGGGCUGUCUCAAGAAGUUGUCAUCGAGCCUACGGACUUGAAGAAUCUGGAGGAUUCCGUCACCGAAGUCCGAGACAUUCUCCCAACUUUGCAAAAACACUUGGAAGAGGUGGCAAGUCUGUCGACAGAGGUUGAGACAGAAAAAGGAUACAAAAUGUUUCUGGCAGAGACAGAACAGUUUUCUUUGCGAGUAGAUCAGUAUGGGAAACAGUUGCGGGUUGCUAAAGAUGCUUUGGAAAAUGUACAAGAGGGCGUGACAAAGAGUCGGAAGGAAGUUGCAGAGACACGCAUGAGCCGGGGAAGGUUGGCUGUGAUGAAUGCUGCAGUCAGCGCUCUCACUGGUACACUGAGCUUCAUGGUGGAGGAAUGGACAAGGUGGUUCCUACAUUUCUGCACUGGCGUCGCUGCCACCUGCAGUAUGAUGGCUAUUGCAGACUACCGGUCACAGCCGGACCUGACCCCGCUGGCCACUGACGUGUCUCGGGCCCUCAGGAUGGUGGAAUCUCUCAUCACCCACCUGUCCGCAACCAAGGGCAAGAUCGAGUCAACCAAGACAAGCGCACGGCAGCAGCAUCUAGAGAAGAAGGAGGAAGGAGAGAAUGAAAGGGGGGUUCGACUGAGAUAUGGAUCUAUGGACCAAUCAGACGACUCAGGGCAAAGCUUUGAGGAAUAUGUUUGUUUUUUUGGCAAUGCCUCAGGGGCAAGCCUAAUACUAAUAGUAGUAUAUUCUUUGCUCACUUCAAGAAUUUUAGGAAUUUCACAGGAUUUUUAUGCAUGCUGUUCAUGCAUGCUGAGUUCAUCCUUGUGUCCCCGAAAGAAGUUGGCCAGGAGGUAGCCACCAUUUCUCCAGACAGCUGGCUGGAGGGACAAUUUUGUGUGUUUUCCAGGUUGCUUUGUUUAUGCUGC